CCCUCUCUCAAAAAGAGCUGAAAGACACAAAGAUAUGGCUGAAGGAGGAAAUCACUACAGUGGUGUUUCUGCUGUGCCAGAGAAUCCUACUACCCCUCUUGUAUUGCAGGGCAAACGGAAGAGAAACAAGUUUUCCAUAAUUUCUGCAAUUUUAGCUUCAAUGGUUUCUAUUUUACUAGGCUAUGAUACUGGUGUGAUGAGCGGAGCCUCAAUUUUCAUCAAAGACGAUCUAAAGAUAAACGACACACAAAUAGAAAUUCUAGUGGGAAUCAUCAACGUCUGCUCCCUACUAGGCUCUGCCGUUGCUGGACGGACCUCCGACUGGAUCGGUCGUCGCUACACCAUCGUCUUUGCUUCUGUAAUCUUCUUCGUAGGAGCUUUACUUAUGGGUCUAGCUCCAAACUUCGCAUGGCUCAUGGUGGGUCGAAUAGUCGCCGGAAUCGGCGUCGGUUUUGCUCUUAUGAUCGCUCCGGUUUAUACCGCAGAGAUUGCUCCGGCAACUGCUCGAGGCUUUUUAACAUCGUUCCCUGAAGUCUUCAUCAACGCCGGAGUCUUACUUGGCUACAUCUCCAAUUAUUCUUUCGCUAGGCUUCCCGAACACCUCAGUUGGCGACUCAUGCUUGGAGUUGGAGGGAUUCCUUCGGUAUUAUUAGCAUUUGGGAUACUCAUCCUGCCCGAGUCACCGCGUUGGCUCGUUUUACAGGGUCAACUCGGUGAAGCUAGGCGAGUACUCAUUAAGACAUGUGAUUCCAAGGAAGAAGCCGAGUUAAGACUCGCCGAGAUCAAGACCGCCGUUGGCAUACCAGAAAAUUGUGAGGACGACGUAGUAACUGUAUCCAAACGCAGCCAUGGUGAAGGUGUAUGGAAAGAGCUCCUACUCCGACCAACACCAUCUGUUCGUCGUGUCUUAAUCGCAGCCGUUGGUUUAUUCUUCUUCCAGCAAGCGUCGGGGAUAGAUGCUGUAGUGUUGUACAGCCCACGCAUCUUUGAGAAGGCCGGGAUUAAGAGGAAGAAUGAUCUGCUGGGAGCGACUGUGGCCGUUGGAUUUAGUAAGACAGUUUUCAUCUUGGUGGCUACGUUUCUAUUAGACAAGAUCGGACGGCGGCCGCUGCUUCUUGUAAGUGUAGGAGGUAUGAUCGUGUCUCUGUUGGGAUUAGCAUCAGGUUUAAUGGUGGUUGAUCACUCGGAGAAGAAGCUUAUUUGGGCCAUAGUUUUGUGUGUGUUUAUGACGUUAUCGUUUGUAGCUUCGUUCUCAAUGGGGUUUGGACCCAUUCCUUGGGUGUAUGGUUCGGAGAUAUUCCCUGUACGACUGCGGGCGCAGGGUGUGAGCAUAGGCGUGGCGGUGAACAGGGUGACAAGUGGGGUUAUAGGCAUGACGUUCUUAUCACUGUACAAGGCCAUCACCAUCGAAAGGACCUUUUUUAUGUUCGCGGGGAUAACCGGAGUAGCGUGGAUGUUCUUCUACACGUUCCUACCCGAGACGCAAGGGAAAACCUUAGAAGAUAUGGAAGGAUUGUUUAGUACAAGUAGGUUUAAGUGGAAAUUAUCCAUGAAGAAGGAUAAUGACGUUGCAGAAAACCAUAAUUAG